AUGGCGUCGUCGGCCAGCGCGGCCUCUGACGACGGCGGUCGCAAGAAGCCCCGCCUGGCGGCCUCGCUGCAGAUCAGCCCCGGGCCCAGUCCCUGGCGACCCUCGGCCGGCCUGGGCCAGGACGCCUGGGGACCCCCGCGCGCCGCAGGCGCGGAGGCGGACGCGGAGGGCGGCGCGCAGGCUGCGGGGCGUGGGGCUGGGGUCGGGGAGCCCGGGCCUGCUCGGGCGCGGGAGGACCCGGAGGUGCGCCCAGGGGGGUUCCCCAGGGUGUUGGGGCCCGCGGGCGACUUCCCCACUGCGGCUCGGCCGCUGAGCCUGCCGCUCAGAGACCCGCCGCCAAGCCAGGCCGUGGCCUCGCUCGCGCAGUAUGCAGCCGGCUUGGGCGUCUCCCUGACCUUCCGAGAAGACCCGGUGGCAGGUCCCUGCUUUCCCUUCUCGGUGUGUGCGGAACUGGAUGGCGUGGUCUGCCCUGCAGGCACCGCGAACAACAAGACAGAAGCCAAACAGCAGGCGGCGCUCUCUGCCCUCCGCUACAUCCACAGCCAGCUGGAGAGCCCAGAGCCUCCUGAGACUUUCAGCCAGCCUCCACUCACCUCCCUGAGCAUAGAGAACAUCCUGACACAUGAGCAGCGCUGCGCAGCUGUGGUCAGCGCUAGCUUGGACCGCCUGCUGGAUGAGAAUUCGCCAUACCGGGCCUGCAAAGGGACGGUGGCUGCGGUCAUCCUGGAGAGGGAGGUCCCAGGGGCCAGGGGCCAUGCCAAGGAGAUCUACGAGGUAGUGGCCCUGGGCACUGGCAGCAGCAGCUGUGCUGGCUGGCUGGAGUUCUCUGGCCGGCAGCUCCAUGACUGUCACGGACUGAUCAUCGCCCGCAGGGCCCUGCUGAGAUUCUUCUUCCGGCAGCUCCUGUUGGCCACACAGGGGGGUGCCAAGGGCAAGGAGCGGUCUGUGCUGACCCCCCAGCCUGGGUCUGGGCCCCCCUUUGCCCUCAAGCCCCGGAUCUUCCUGCACCUCUACGUCAGCAACACCCCCAAGGGAGCCGCCCACGACAUCUACCUCCCGCUGUCCUCGGAAGGCAGCCUUCUGCACAGCCCAUCCUUCCGCCUGCAGGCGCAUGUCCGUGGACAGCUGAAGCCCGUGUCCUACCUGGUGCCUGCGCUUCGUGACACCCAUGUGGGCUGCCUGUCAGCCAGUGACAAGCUGGCACGCUGGGCAGUGCUGGGUCUGGGUGGUGCGCUGCUGGCCCACUUCCUGCCACCUCUCUAUGCCACCAGCCUUGUUCUGGCUGACCCCUGUCAUGACCCCCCUACUCUGAGCAGGGCCAUCCAUGACCGGCCCAGCCUGGAUGGCGUCCUAGGGUCACGCCUGCCACCUCCCUAUGUCCGGACCACCCUACACCUGUUCUCAGGGCCCCCGGUGGCCCCCUCCAAUCCCGUCCCCAACAGCUGCCACGGCCUGAGCCUCAACUGGAGCCUGGGGGACCCGGACCUGGAGGUCGUGGACGUGGCCACUGGGCGCGUGAAGUCCGAUGCCGCCCUGGGGCCUCCCUCCCGCCUCUGCAAGGCGUCCUUCCUCCGGGCCUUUCGCCAGGCAGCCUGUGCCCUGGGGAAGCCCCACCUCUUGGCCCUGAAGACCUACGAGGCUGCCAAGGUGGGGCCCUACCAGGAGGCUCGCCAGCAGCUCACCCUCCUCCUGGAGCAGCAAGGCCUGGGCGCCUGGCCCUCCAAGCCCCUGGUGGGCAAGUUCAGAAACUGA